AUGUCGUCAAAUACUGAUCCUGAAGUACAUGAUCCAGUGGCAAAUUUACAUAUGCAACCAUCGAGAGGUAUUCUUAAAUCAAGAAAAAGUUUUGAUGAUUCAAACCAAGAUAUGCAUCAUGAAACAAUAAUACCAUCAUUAAAUAAUUGUCCAACAACUGGCAUGACUAGAUCUGAAAGUAAAAGUCAUAAAAUUCCGCAUUUUGAUGAAAUGAAUAUAAUUGCAACAUAUCAUCCACCUGAUAAAGAUUAUGGUCAUAUGAAAAUAGAAGAACCUAAAACACCCUAUGCACGAAAUGAUAUGGUUGAUGAAGAAAUACUUCCGGAAGCAUCAAAUGCUGGAAUUGAUCCUCUUACACUUGCACAACGAUUAAAUCAAUCAACAAUACCUUCGCCGGAUUCAUCUCAGCCACGUCACAAUCGUCAAGCACGUUUAUCAAUUGACGAACCUAUUGAUGAACUUUCACCAGAAGAUUUAGAACAUCGAAAACAAUUUGAAACUCAUCGUAAACAACAUUAUAAUGAAUUUGAAGUUGUACGAUUACGUAAAAAAGAAAUUGAGGACGAAUUACGUGCUCUUGAACAAGAAGAACAAAAGGAACAUAAUGAAACUACAGCAAUUCCUUCACAUGAAUCCGAUGGAGAACGAAAAGGAAGUCAAAGUAUAUCUUCACCUCGUUUAUCAAUUGAUUCAAUAAAACCAAUAUUAGUUCAUCAUACUUCACGCGAUUCAUCAACAUCUUCUGGUCACCAUCAUCAUGUGCAUGUUGAAAUUGAUCAGGAUGAUGAACCAGCAUUAACACCUGAAGAACGAGAACGAAAAAGACAAUUUGAAUUAAAACGUAAAAAACAUUAUGAUGAAUUUCGUGUAGCACAUAUGGCUAAUCAAAAUGAUGAUGAACCAAAUAUGACUGAAUAA